UGUACUCAGUAUGUAAUUUUUUAAGAAAUUAGUGAGGUGAGAUCUUUUCACCAUUGCACUAAAAAAAAAGUAGGUUCAUUGUCAAUUAGAAAACAGGAACUACAAAUUAAAACCACAAUAAGACACCUACAUAUCCAUCACAGCAGUUAACGUGAGUGAUGGAGAACCUAGAGAUUGGUGAGGAUAUGAGCAACUGGAACUCACACAUUGUAGUGGGAGUGGAAGCUAGUUCAGCCAACCACUGAAGACAACUAUUUGUCCGAGUGACUUAACCAGCAAAUCCACGCCCGGGCAUACACCCAACAGAAACCACUGCUUAUCUACACCAGAGAAUUUACACAUGGAUCACGGCAGCUCUAGUCAUUAUACCAAAACUGGAAACUAAUCCAGAUGCCCCUCAUCAUAUGAGUGAAUGAAUAAAACAGGCUGUAUUCAUACAAUGAGGUACUAUGCAGCUUUAAAAGGAACUGGUACACACAACAUGAGUGAAUCUCAGAAACAUGCUGAGUGAGAGGUCAGACUCAAAUAGGUAUAAGCUGUAGGUUUCCAUUACAUGAAGUUCAGAAACAGGCAGAACUGAUCUACAGUGAUGGUAUUCAGUGGUUCGUCUAAGGGAUGACGUGAAAGAGUCUGUUGGGGAUGAGGAUACACUCUCUCAGUCUGGUGGCAGUUACAUGUGUGUAUGUAUAAAAAUUUGAGCUAAACAGGAUUUGUUCUAACAUUACUGUAAAUAAGUUAGACAUCAAUUAAAAGUGUAUAGAAAAAUAGGUAUAUAUUUAUAUGUAUGUAUGUAUUUAUGUUUACAUAUACAAAUAUGUGAACUGGGCCACCCAGGAAUUAAGCAGAUUUGUGGGAGUCCUGGUCCCCAGUUCUCUGCUAACCAUCUCUCUCGCCUGCUCUGCACUGGGCCCCUCCCCAUGAUGUUCCCAGACUGUAUAUGACUUCUUUUAGACCCCAAACUGCCAGGCCUGAAGGACAGCAAGUUCAACAUUAACCCAGAGGGGUCAGGAUGAGCCCUCAGAGUCCUGGAGCUGACACACAAUGGCGCACGUCCGAGGCCUGUGUCUACCUGGCUGCCUGGCCCUGGCCACCUUAUUUAGCCUUGUGCACAGCCAGAAUGUGUUCCUGGCCCCUCAGCAAGCACUAUUGCUGCUCCAGCGGGUCCGACGUGCCAACAGUGGCUUCCUGGAGGAGGUGCGCAAGGGCAACCUGGAGCGAGAGUGCGUGGAGGAGCAGUGCAGCUACGAGGAGGCCUUCGAGGCCCUGGAGUCCCCCAGCGCCACGGAUGCAUUCUGGGCCAAGUACACAGCUUGCGAGUCGGUGAGGAAACCUCGAGAAAAGCUCACUGAGUGUCUGGAAGGUAACUGUGCUGAAGGUCUGGGUACAAACUACCGAGGCAAUGUGAGUUUCACCCGAUCAGGCAUCGAGUGCCAGCUAUGGAGGAGUCGCUACCCACAUAAACCUGAAAUAAACUCCACCACUCACCCUGGGGCCGACCUACAGGAGAAUUUCUGCCGCAACCCAGAUGGCAGUACCACUGGGCCCUGGUGCUACACUACAAACCCCACUGUGCGGAGGGAAGAGUGCAGCAUCUCUGUCUGUGGCCAGGGGGGCGUCACUGUGGAGCUGACUCCACGCGUGGGAGGCUCCCUAGUGAAUCUGUCAUCUCCGUCGAAGCAGUGCAUCCCUGAGCGAGGCCAGCAGUACCAGGGCCGCCUGGCAGUGACUGCACUCGGGUCCCCCUGCCUGGCCUGGGCCAGCAGGCAGGUCAAGGCCCUGAGCAAGGACAAGGACUUCAGCCCCACAGUGCCUCUGGAGGAGAACUACUGCCGCAACCCAGACGGGGACGAGGAGGGCGCGUGGUGCUACGUGUCCGGGGAGCCUCUUGUCAUGGAGUACUGCGACCUUGACUAUUGCGAAGAUCUAGUGGACGAGGAGGCAGGAGAUAGGCCUGGUGAGGACCUGGACUCGGCCAUUGAGGGUCGCACCUCCAUCCAGGAGUUCCAGACCUUCUUCAAUGAAAGGACUUUCGGCUCAGGGGAGGCAGUUUGUUCUGCAGACUGUGGGCUGCGGCCUCUGUUUGAGAAGAAGUCGGUGGAGGACAAAACGGAACACGAGCUAUUCGAUUCCUAUAUCGAUGGGCGCAUUGUGGAGGGCUGGAACGCGGAGAUCGGCUUAGCACCCUGGCAGGUGAUGCUUUUCCGGAAGAGUCCCCAGGAGCUGCUGUGUGGGGCCAGCCUCAUUAGUGACCGCUGGGUCCUCACUGCUGCCCACUGUCUCCUAUACCCACCUUGGGACAAGAACUUCACUGAGAAUGACCUUCUGGUGCGCAUUGGCAAGCACUCUCGCACCAGGUAUGAGCGAAGCAUUGAAAAGAUCUCCAUGCUGGAAAAGAUCUACAUCCAUCCCAGGUACAACUGGAGGGAAAACCUGGACCGCGAUAUUGCCUUGCUGAAGCUCAAGAAGCCCAUCACCUUCAGCAACUACAUCCACCCUGUGUGCCUGCCUGACAAGGAGACAGUGUACAGACUGCUCCGGGAUGGAUACAAAGGGCGUGUGACAGGCUGGGGCAACCUGAAGGAAAUGUGGACAACCAGCGUUGGUGAGGUGCAGCCCAGUGUCCUGCAGGUGGUGAACCUGCCCAUUGUGGAGCAGCAGGUCUGCAAGGCCUCCACUCGGAUCCGCAUCACAGACAACAUGUUCUGUGCUGGUUACAAGCCCAAUGAAGGGAAACGAGGUGAUGCUUGUGAAGGUGACAGCGGGGGACCCUUUGUCAUGAAGAGCCCCUAUAACAACCGCUGGUAUCAACUGGGCAUCGUCUCAUGGGGUGAAGGCUGUGACAGGGAUGGAAAAUAUGGCUUCUACACACAUGUGUUCCGCCUGAAGAAGUGGAUACAGAAGAUCAUUGAUCAGUUUGGAAGUUAGGGGACCACCCACAUUCUAAGGUCCUCACUUCAAAUUCAGAGAAACCAAUCCAGUUAAAGAAUUAUUUCUGUGGUAUGUUCCUAAAACUAUAGUUCUCAAUAAAAGUGACUCAGUGAG